UAUGAUGACGUCACCAUAAUCAACCCCCAAUCCUAUAUAUAAAACUCUUCCCCUUUUUCACCUCUUCGCUUCCAAUCACAAACCCUAAUUCAACAAAACCACCAAAUUCAUUAAUUCACCACCCUAUAUAUACACUGUAUAUAUAUCUAUACAUCAAAUAAUAACAAUAUUAAUCAUAAUCAAUAUAAAUGUCAAACAAUCUAUGGGUAGGAAGCUUGGCCGGCGACGUAACGGAAACGGAAUUACGGAAACUGUUCGAAAAACACGGCGGCGUGGAUAGUGUGUGUUGUUAUCCUUCACGGAAUUACGCUUUUGUGUAUUUAAAUAACGCUGAUGAUGCUAAAAAAGCUAGAGAUAAUCUUCAAGGCGUGGUUGUUCAUGGAAUUCCGCUGAAGAUCGAGUUUGCGAAACCGGCUAAACCUUGCAAGAGCUUGUGGGUCAGUGGUAUCAGUUCUUCCAUAUCGAAAGAAGAUUUACUGGAAGAAUUUUCUAAAUUUGGGAAAAUCAAGGAUUUUAAAUUCCAAUCCGAUAAAAAUGUCGCAUACAUUGAUUAUUUUAGACUAGAAGAUGCAACUAAGGCCGUUAAAGCUAUGCAUGGACAAUAUAAGGGUGGAAGUGUGAUUCGUGUGGAUUAUUCCAGAUCUCAUUCUAGAAAAGACAUUCUUUCAUCAGAAGGUCGGAAAGGGGAUGAAGAACAACCAAGUAACGUGUUAUGUGUAUCUUAUCCUUCAGAUCUUGAUAUUGAUGAACAAAUGUUACACAAUGCCAUGAUAUUAUUUGGUGAGAUUGAGAAAAUAAAAAGUUUUCCUUCAAAGUACCGUGCAAUUGUUGAAUUUAGAAGCAUUGAAGAGGCACAGCAGGCCAAAAAUGGAUUGCAGGGAAAACUUUUUAAUGAUCCUAGAAUAGAAAUCACAUUCUCAACAGAAGAACUCUCACCAAACCAGUAUCUUAAUGGAACCAGAGGCCCAAUGCCUAAUGCUUUAUUCAAAGACUUCCCAUUCCAAGCACCACAGUUCGAUGUGAUUGGUCCAUCUAUAGUGUCACAUAGCUUCCAUGGGCGUGUGCGUCCUCUUGUGGGAGCAGAUGAUAGUUAUAUGCACCCUUUUGCUCCCCAAGGUAGUUUUGAUUCAAUACUCCCAGGUCAAGGUAUUUCGGGGCCAGACCCUUAUUCUAUAAAUCCAGUAAGCGGCCUUAAUUGGAGGCCUUCAAAUCAGAUCCUUUCUUUGCCUUCAGCAAGUAUUAACCCUUUGACCAAGUCUGCUUCUCGGACACGGGAUGUUUUUGAUGCAAGCCAAAAUCAGAGGCAGCUUAAAAGGUUCAAAACUGAUGGUCCAAUGCCCCUAAAAGAAACAAAUGAUCGGGUUUUGCGAACUGAUCAUUUAUCCAAUCCUCAAACGAAGGGCUCAAACUUAAGAUUCCAAAGCGUGAACCCCAACAUUGACCGUCCUGGUGUUUAUCAUAUCUGGCGAGGCAUCAUUGCUAAGGGUGGAACUCCUGUUUGUUGUGCACGGUGUGUUCCUGUUGGAGAUUGGAUUGGAUAUGAGAUCCCUGAAAUUGUAAAUUGCUCAGCUAGAACAGGAUUAGACACGUUGGCAAAACAUUACGCAGAUGCUAUAGGUUUUGAUCUUGUUUACUUCUUACCUGAUAGUGAAGAGGAUUUUGCUUCGUAUACUGAAUUCUUACGGUACAUGGGUGACCGUAACCGAGCAGGUGUUGUUAAAUUUGUUGAUGGGACUACCUUAUUCUUGGUCCCACCAUCUGACUUUCUUACAAUGGUUUUAAAAGUUUCUGGUCCCGACCGUCUCUAUGGGGUCGUAUUGAACUUUCCGAAGCCUGUAUCUAACAACGUAUCUGGUCCCUCAAUUAGCCAGCCUCAGUAUAAUGAUAAUUUGCAAGUUCCCCUAUCUAGUAAUCCCCAACCUGUGCACUCUGUACAAUCUAUUAUAGCCACACCAACCACCUCUGUUGGACUUUCUUUGACACCUGAACUUAUUGCCACUCUGGCUUCUUUGUCCAAGGUUAACUCUAAUGGCCACCAACCAUUAGGUACGUUGGCAGGGCCAGUAUUGAACGAAAAGAAUUUUCAGGGACAGAUAUCUGAAAAUGAAACAUCCAAAUUAACUGGACAUUUCACACAAAAACAGACGUAUCCAUCAAAUACAACCAAUGCCUCUAAUUUGGCAGUUAUUAGAGAUAGUCAUAUUCACGACCCUUCUUUCAGUCUGUCUCACAAUCAGGCAACAGCAUCUAUGACAAGUUCUAGCUAUCAAACUCCACAAGGUGUACAAUUUGAACUUCCCGUGCAGGCUGCUCAGCAAUACCAACUUGAUAACCCACAGGAUUUGAACACUGAUACUUCCUCCGUGUUUCAUCGUGGAGUUAAUGGUGUCACAUCUUCAAACCAGGUAAUUGGUGUUAAUUUUAAUGAAGCUCAAAGUAUGGUGAGCUCUGGUAUGCAUCUCCCAGAACAGCUGCAACAACUACAACCGGGGUUGAAGGGAGCAAGUCAACAAAAGUUGGAGUUCGAUGCAAAUAAGAAUGAGCGAUACCAAUCAACUCUGCAAUUUGCAGCUAAUCUCUUACUUCAGAUACACCAGAAGCGUUCGGGAACGGAAACAGGGAAAGGGAAUGGGAACCGCUAAGAAGGUACGUUAGUCAAGGUUGAAGGCAGUUCAAGAAGCAACUCGAUAUGGCUUUGAUUCGCCGAGGAAGGCAACACUCGAGAUGUGUUCGCAUUUCUAAAUCAUAAUAAUGAACUAUCUCUACUUUCGGUUUUCUGUAUUGUAGUUGUUUUUGUUUAAUUAAUAUUACUUCUGGUUUUGAUAUACAUUUAUAGAAAUAUUUUAAUGGCCAAAUCUGGUGCAUCAA